GCGUCAACUGAUGCUGGCUGCUUCUAAACUUACACCUUCCCUAAGCACCUCGUUCGUUACGGACCCGAACCUUGCAGCAAACGGUCCAGAAUUGCUCUGAGGUCAGUUUGGAGUUUUUUCUGCUGCAGAUACCGAUCCACACGCAUAACUGGGGCAAUAAGCUGUUUAAUUACGAGGACGGCUGCAGCAGGGUAUUUGUCAACUGCCUGUCAGGAUAUUUAGAUGAAAAUCUUUUUUUUUUCUGUCGCACCUGACUCUUCUGCACCUGUUUCCUAUAGCCAUGCAAAGAAAGGGAAAGCUUUGCAUCUGUUUCAUCUAAAGGUAGGACACUUUUGAGAGACUGUUGUCAUAAACUCGUGGAUUUGACAGGAAAGGCGAGCUCCGCUGACCGGAGCCGCAUCGUGGGAAGAGUGACCCGUGAGAUCUACCGGGACAGUUUCCCGGGGGGAGAUUUGUGCGGCUGAACUGUGACAGUCCAUUUGGUGCUAAUGAUCAUUGCGUGUGCUACCAUGAGUGCAGCGCACCGCACGGACAAAGUGGGCGCAUAUGUGUUUUAGUUUAUCUUUUUAAUCACAUAAAAGGAUGCUCCACGUGCAAUCGGAAUGCAGAGGACACACUGUAAAGCAUCGCGUGCCAUCAAAAUAUAAAACAAAAUUGAUUUAAACUUGACCUGCGAGAUGAUUUCACAACUUCUUUCUAAACGAGUGUAAAUCCGAGCUGUUUGUGAUUCAUUGCACAAUGAUGCAGAAAACUGUGACAAAAAACAACUAUUUGCGACUCAUUGUAUUUGUCUUGAAAACACUUUUUCUCUGAGAGAAAGCAUGCUGGGUUCUGAUAUGCAGUUAAAGUCUUGUCAUUUUGUAAGUCACAGUAUUUAGUGAUUUGAAAUGAAUCCAAACCAUUGGCUUGCCUCCAACUAUGCCAUCAAAGCCCUUUAGGGAUACUCCAAAAAUGUCUUUUUAACUCUUGCCCUAGAGUUGUCUUUCAAAUGAUUAGUGUGCAUGUCUUUAACAUCCCCUGAACUGAAUCCAGGUCAUCCCGUUUAGUAUUUUUGUUGCAGUCUAAUAGGAUGAUUAUAUGACGGGAUGUUGAUGAUACUUUAUUAGUGGGGAAAUAUGCUUCUUCAACCCAAUUUUCCUCUUUUUUUAAAUGUUAUUUUAUACUUUCUUCAUUUUCCUUUAAUCCGAGCCCAAUUCUUACCCACACCGAGGGCAGGACGAGGAUUGCUGCUCUUCACCCAGCCGGUGUACAAUGCUUCAAUCUUCGAGAACUCUGCUGCACGAACCUAUGUCAGAAGUGAGGUCCAAAUGGGCAUCACUCUUGUGCCAUCUUGGCCUUUAGAUGUGAAAUAUUCUAUAGAGUUUGGUAACAGUGAAGGGAUCUUCCAAGCCGAAGAGUUUGUGAUGGGGGACUUUUGUUUUCUCCGUAUUUGUAUAAACGGAGGUAGCGGUGCCACACUGAAUCGAGAGGUGCAAGACAAUUACACUUUGACAGUUAAGGCAUCUGCCAAUGGAGGUCUAGAGACCUUGGCCACCGUUUACAUCACGGUCUUGGAUACCAAUGACCUUCGACCUCUCUUCUCCCCAACCUUUUAUUCAUUUGUUGUUACUGAAAGUGCCCCCCUGGGCACCAGCAUCGGACGUGUAACAGCUACAGACGCUGACAUCGGAUCCAACGGAGAAUUCUACUACUUCUUCAAAAACAGAAUAGAUCUGUUUGCCGUGCAUCCAACCAGUGGUGUCAUAACCCUGACAGGUCAACCCAAGAUAGACAAAAAGGACAGAUUUGAGCUGGAGGUGCUGGUGGUGGACAGAGGGAUGAAGCUUUAUGGGAAUAAUGGUAUUAGCAGCACUGCUAGGCUGGUUUUAACUAUAGAGCGGGUGAAUGAAUUUGCUCCUGUUCUCAGUGCUGUUGCUGUUGCUCCAUCAUGGGCAGAUAAAGACCCAGUCUACACCCUAGUGACCGUGGAGGAUAAAGACGAGGGUUUAUCUGGGGAGAUAGAGUGGUUGUCCAUUAUUGAGGGUGACCCGUUUGAGCAAUUUGUGAUUGAGAGAUCAGCUGUUGGGAAUGAAUAUCGGGUUAAAACAUUAGAAGAGAUUAACUGGGAUACAUACCCCAAUGGCUGCAACUUAACGUUCCAGGCCAAAGACAGAGGCAUACCUCCCAAGUUUUCUAACAGUCAAGUUGUGCAGCUGGUGGUGACAAAACGAGACUUCAUGUUAGCAAAAUUUGAAAAAGAUGUUUAUGCAGUCCAUUUGAGUGAAGUAGCUCCCCCAGGCACUAUUGUAGAAGUGGUAAAAAUAUCCCCAGCCCCUCCGAGUGUCAAUUACAGCCUCAGCAGCCUCUCAUAUCCAGUGUACUUUGAUAUAAACCCUUUGACUGGAGUUAUUAUGACCACAAGGCAGCUGACAAAGAUAUCACAGGAUUUCAUGGAGACAGAGGUAGUUGAUCAUAUCAGUCAGCAGCGAGCAAGAGUUCAAAUUACCAUAGAUGAUGCAAAUGACAAUUUUCCAGUGUUCAGCCAGUCAUCCUAUGAAAUUGCGAUCAAUGAGAGUUUACCGGUAGGUACUGUUGUUCUUGUAGUGUCGGCUGUGGAUGAUGAUAAGGGAGAAAAUGGGAUUGUAACUCACACAAUCAAUGGUGAGAAGUCUCUUCCAUUCAACAUAGAUCAGGACACGGGGGAGCUGAGGAUCAUGAGAGAUCUAGACUUUGAGUCAUCAGAAGAUGUGUAUACUUUUGCAGUACGGGCUUCAGACUGGGGUUCACCAUACAGAAGGGAGAGCGAGGUUAACAUCACCAUUCGUAUAAUAAACAUCAAUGACAAUCAACCUCUGUUUGAGAAGAUUUCUUGCAGAGGGAUGAUAGGCCGAGAUUUCCCCGUCAACAAGACUAUUGUCACCAUGUCAGCCAUAGACAUGGAUGAGUUAGCAAUGGUGAGGUACAAGAUAAUGUCUGGGAAUGAGUUUGAUAAUUUCUACUUAAAUCCAGAUUCUGGGGCUUUGACUUUGAAACGAUCUUUUGCAGGAGAUAGUUUGAAAAGUGGGAUGUUCAGUCUGAAAAUUGUUGCCUCAGAUGGAGAGUUGUUCUCUGAUCCAACCUUUGUCAACAUAUCAGUGGUGAGGAGUUGGAUGCCACCUGGUGGAUUCUCCUGCAAGGAGACUGGGGUGGCCCAGUUGUUGGCAGAGAGAAUGCUCUUAAAAGCCUCAGCAAUGGCUAGACCCAAGUCCUCUGACAGAUACGUAGAUCUCUUCUCUGUCAACAAGCAAUCCCCCCAGUUUGAGGCUUUGCCUAUGAGUAUUCUGGUGAGAGAAGAUCUGACUGUCGGAGCCAGUGUGUUCCAAGUGCGAGCACGAGACACAGACAUAGGUUUUAACGGUCGUGUUCUCUUUUCCAUUUAUGACGGUAACAAAGAGAACAGCUUCAACAUCCACAUGGAGAGUGGACUCAUAACAGUGCUGCAGCCACUUGACCGAGAGCGACUGGACCGUUACUUUCUCAAUAUCACCAUUUAUGAUCAGGGCAUCCCCCAGAUGUCCAACUGGAGACUUAUGACUGUGAUCAUUGAGGAUGCAAAUGACAACGAUCCACAGUUUUAUCAGAAUGACUAUUCUGUAGUUGUUCCUGAGGACACAGAGAUUGGCAUGGAAGUUAUUACAAUCACUGCCUUUGACAGAGACAUGGGCCAGAAUGGACAGCUGUCAUUUCUAAUGCUGACCAGCAUCCCCGAGUUUGGUAUUGACAGUGAAACUGGAAUUGUAUUUGUUGCCAGUCAGCUGGACAGAGAAACAUUCCCAAUGUUUUCAUUGAAGAUUGAAGUGAGAGACAAGGCUGAAAAGGUCACUCGAAGGUCAGCAGUGACCACUCUAAAUGUUAUUGUGGAUGACGUUAACGAUUGCUCCCCAGUGUUCGUUCCUAACAGUUACAGUACACGGGUACCAGAGGAUCUGCCACCCGGAGCUGUGAUCACCUGGGUUCAAGCUCAGGACCCAGACGUUGGACCUGGUGGACAAGUUCGAUACUCCUUGGUCAAUGACUUCCAAGGUACUUUUGAGAUUGAUGUUGUUACUGGUGUACUGAGGAUUACAAAGGACCUGGACUUUGAGACAAAACAAUUUUUCAACCUGACCAUACUUGCUGCGGAUAAAGGGGUACCCAGCCUUCAGAGCCAGACUUUUGUGGAGGUCGAGGUGGUGAAUAUCAAUGAAAAUCUGUAUGCUCCCUACUUCACCGAAUUUGCUGUGAGAGGCUCGGUGAAGGAGAACUCUCGCGCAGGAACAAGUGUCCUGACUGUCAGCGCCAAAGACGAUGACAAGGGACGAGAUGGUGUGCUGGGGUACUUCAUCCAUGGAGGCAGCGGACUGGGCACUUUCACCAUCGACGAAGACACAGGAGUGAUUUAUACUGCUGGCAACCUGGACUGUGAGACCAGAAACUCUUACUGGCUCACCGUGUUCGCCACAGACAGAGGAGCUGCUCCCAAGUCAGCUUCUAUUCAAGUCUUUAUUCAGGUUGAAGAUGUCAACGAUAACGCUCCCCUCACCUCAGAUCCGAUCUACCACCCAGUCGUCAUGGAGAACUCUCCAAAGGAGGUGUCAGUCAUUCGUAUUGAGGCGCAGGACCCCGAUCUCACAGCCACACCCAGUCGUCUAAGUUACCGCAUUACUGCUGGAAACCCGCAGAACUUCUUCUCUAUCAACCCCAAAACGGGCCUGAUCACAACAACGGCGAGGAAACUGGACAGAGAACAACAAGCAGAGCACUUUUUAGAGGUGACAGUUAUAGAUAGUCCAGUGACGACCCGGCAGUCCACCGUUUGGGUCAUAGUGCAUGUGGAGGACGAGAACGACAACCCCCCCACCUUCCCGGAGGUCACUUACCGCAUCAGCCUGCCUGAACGAGAUCGGAACAAACGCGGUGAACCCGUCUACCGCGUCUUUGCCUAUGACUGUGACUUUGGAGCAAAUGCCAACAUCACAUACAGCAUCAUGGAUGGUAACGAGGAUGAAAAGUUCAGCAUUGACCCAAAAACCGGGAUGGUGUCAUCUAAGAAGAUGGUGACAGCGGGCAGCAGUGACAUCCUCACUAUUAAAGCAGAGGACAGCGGGAGUCCACCACUGUGGUCUACAGUCAAACUCCAUGUUGAUUGGAUUCCAAAGCCUGUUCCCUCGCAGGUUUCCCUGCUCUUCACCCAGAGAUACUACAACUUUUCAAUCUCAGAGACCACUGCAGUGGCUCAGCCAGUGGGCGUGGUGGCUGUCAGCCAGUCCAGCACACACGUCUGGUUCAGUGUUGUUGGCGGACGGGUCGCCAGAGAAAUGUUCUACAUUCCCCAGAACGAAUGUGGGAGAAACUGCUCUCUUGACACAGGGAGUUUUGACAUGCAGUUUGACCUCCAAGUUGGGGUGGGGACUCUGAUUGUGGCCAAGCCUUUGGAUGCAGAGGUUCAGUCGGUGUACAACAUGACUGUACAGGUGACCGAUGGAACCAACUUUGCCACGACGCAGGUAUUUAUUCGAGUACAGGACAGCAACGACAACCCUCCAGUCUUCUCGCAGUCAACAUAUGACGUCAGUGUUUCUGAGGAUGCACCAGCUGACGUGGAGCUCCUGCGGCUCCGAGCGUCGGACAUGGAUGAGCGCGCCCGUUUGAGUUUCUCCAUCUAUGGAAGCGUCGACCCAGCCAGUAUGAGACUGUUCAGGGUAAAUCCUGGCACGGGAGUCGUUUACACCACGGACCGGUUGGACUACGAGGCCAGAACGCAGCACAUCCUCACCGUUAUGGUUAAGGAUCAGGAGUUUCCAUUUAACCGGGACCUGGCUCGUAUCCUGGUGGCAGUGGAGGACACUAAUGAUAACAUCCCCUACUUUACGAGCACCAUAUACGAUGCUACUGCCUAUGAGACUUUUCCUGUUGGUUCUUCUGUGCUGCAGGUGACAGCCUUAGACAAAGAUAAUGGGAUUAAUGGCCAACUUAUUUACACUAUUGAAGCAGGUAACAAUGGAGGUGUGUUUGCCAUUGAUAACACCACAGGCGUUAUCUUCAUUGCAAAAAAUCUGGACCUCACCUCUUUGGGUUUCUACACCCUCACCGUCCGUGCCACAGACGGCGGGUUCCCUCCAUUAACGGCCACUGCUUCAGUUCGCAUUUCCUUGAUACUCUCUGACUUCUCCAAACCCAAAUUCUCUCAGAAGGAGUAUCAGGCUGAGAUAAUGGAGAACAGCAAACUUGGCACACACGUGAUCACCGUCAGCGCCCUAAGUCGCUCUCCGCUCAUUUAUGACAUCAUCAGAGGAAACGAGGAGCACCGCUUCUCCAUCAACCAUCAUACCGGAGUCAUCACAACCCGCAAACCGCCUGACUUUGAGCUAAUUACAUCUUAUUUUCUGAUGCUGCGGGCUCUGAGCAUGACUGGAAUGGAGGCUAGCGCCACCGUCACUGUCCAAGUGGUGGACAUCAAUGAUAAUCCACCAGAAUUCCAACAAAUCAGAUACGUGGGCACAGUGAGUGAAGCAGCCCCCGUCAACAGUGUGGUGUUGGGAGAGGAUGGUAACCCUUUGGUCAUCCGGGCCACUGAUAAGGACCGCAAUCACAAUGCCCUCUUAGUGUUCCAGAUCAUAGAGGAGACCGCGCGGAUGUUCUUCAGCGUUGAUUCUGGGACCGGAUCGAUUCGAACCAUUGCCAGUCUGGACUACGAAAUUUUCUCAGAGUUCCUCUUUCGGGUUCAUGUUCGAGACAGUGGCCAGCCCUCUAGGAGUGCUGAACGACCUGCAGAGGUGAUCAUAAAGGUGAUCAACAUUAAUGACUCACCACCAAAGUUCUGCCAGGACAAUUAUGAAACCAUCCUCCUGCUGCCUACUUACGUGGGAGUCGAGGUUCUCAGGGUUGAAGCUUUGGACUCUGAUGUUGCUGAAGAAAAGUCCAACACACCCUAUCUUGCUUAUUCUUUAGUUGACAGCAAUCUGGAGUACUUCUCUGUCGAGCGUCACACGGGAAUUAUGACCGUCAUCAACGAGAACCUCAGUAAAGACCGUUAUCGUCUUAAUGUCAAGGUUUGGGAUGGACGUUUCUCCAGCACAACGUCUGUCACGGUCCUCGUUAGAGAGGCUGUAGACAGCGGCCUUCUCUUCACCUUCCCAGUGUACUCAGCCUCCAUCCCAGAGAACGUCCCCAAUGUCACCUUAGUUACCAUCAUAAACACAGUGGGCCAUCGCCUCAAUGAGCCACUGAAGUACACUUUGCUGAACCCUGGAGGACGCUUCAGCAUCCGGCCCACCUGUGGAGUGGUGCUCACCACUGGCGUGCCUUUUGACCGUGAGGAGAAGGAGAACUACGAGCUGGUGGUGGAAGUGAGCAGAGAAGACGAGAUACUGAGGGUAGCCAGGGUGACUGUGCAAGUGCAGGUGGAAGAUAUUAAUGACAACGCUCCAGAGUUUGUGAACCUACCGUACUAUGCUGCGGUGCAGGUGGAGGCAGACGCAGGAUCAGUCAUUUUUAGGGUCUCUGCUGUAGACCGGGACCGUGGUCUAAAUGGAGACGUUACCUAUGCCCUUAAACUGCAGCACAGAAACUUUGAGGUGAAUGCUCUGACCGGUGAGCUGAUCCUUACGGUUCCCUUUGAAGCUGACUUAUCUGAUGCAGAGUACAAGCUGGUUCUCGUGGCUGCUGAUGGUGGCAUCCCUCAUCUGUCCAGUGAGGUGGAGGUGGUUGUUACUGUAGUAAAUAAAGCAAUGCCAGUGUUUGACAAGCCGUUCUAUGGCAUCACUGUCAGAGAAGAUGUGGACGUCUCAGCGUCUGUUCUCUGCAUCAACGCGAGCAGUCCUGAAGGUCAGGACAUCAUCUUCACCAUCACAGAUGGAGACCCUUUCCUUCAGUUUGACAUCGGCUUUGAUACAGGAGUCAUCAGCGUGAUUUAUCCGCUGGAUUAUGAAACCACUCAGUACUACCGUCUGACGGUGAAGGCCACUGACACGCUGACCGGGGCAAAGUCCGAGGUCGACGUAGACAUCGUGGUUCUGGAUGUGAAUGACAACCCCCCACUUUUCCAAAACAUCUCAUACUCUGCUGUGCUGUCAGAGAACUCCAUGAUCGGAAUGUCUGUGUUACAGGUCUGUGCUCAGGACCAGGACUCAGAGAAGAAUGCUGCAGUGACUUACCAGAUCCUAUCUGACAUCUACAACAGCACCGACUACUUUCAAAUCGACAGCAGCAGGGGAUUGGUAUUCACGGCUCGCAUGCUCGACUACGAGCUCAUGCAGCGCCAUAACUUCAUUGUCAGAGCGACCGAUAGCGGAGACCCUGCCCUGAGCAGUGAUGUUAGCGUCAGUGUGGUUGUAACCGACACGAAUGACAACCCGCCUAAUUUCAGUCAAAUGCUGUACGAGGCUUUUGUCAGCAACCUGGCUCCCAGGGGACACUUUGUGACUUGCCUCCAGGCAUCAGACGCCGACACUUGUGACUCUCAGAGGCUGAGGUACAGUCUCCUCUCAGGGAACGAGAAAAUGACUUUCAUGAUGGAGCCGGAUACAGGGGUGCUUCGUCUGUCUAACAAGAGGAGACAAGGCAUGAAACUCUCCUAUCAGCUCAAUGUGUCCGUGUCAGACGGAGUCUUCACCAACACGGCUCAGGUGACUAUUCGCGUCCUGGGAGCUAAUCUGUACAGCCCCGUGUUCAACCAGAGGUUCUACCUGGCAGAGGUCCAGGAAAACUCCCCUCCAGGGUCAAAGGUCAUGCAGGUGUCUGCAACAGAUGAAGACGCUGGACUGAACGGACAGAUCACCUACUCUUUUAUAAAUGAUCUGGGAAAAACCCAGUUCAGCAUCGACGCAGAUGGCGUCAUCACCACAGUCCAGAGAUUAGACCGAGAGAAUCCUCUGAACAAGGACAUGGUGCUGACGGUCAUGGCUCUGGAUGGUGGAGGCCGGGCGUCAUUUUGCACGGUGCGAGUGGUCCUGGCAGAUGAAAACGACAACGCCCCGCGGUUCAGAGCAGCCGAGUACCGAAUGAGCAUCAAAGCCAAUGUCGCCAAAGGUUCUCUCGUCACACAGAUCCAGGCCACCGACCUCGACGCCGGCUCUAAUGGAAGGAUAACCUACUCGCUUUACAGCGAGGCCCGUCUGUCGCUGGUAGACGUUCUGGAGGUGGAGCCAGACAGCGGAUGGAUGAUGACUAAAAGUGCUGUGGACCAUCUUCAGGGGACCGUCCUGUCCUUCUUUGUCAAAGCCACAGACUGUGGCUCUCCACCCAAACACUCACUGGUGUCUGCGUUCAUCCACGUCGUCCCGCCAGACUCCUUCGUCCCCUCGUUCAGCCAGCCUCAGUACUCCUUCACCAUCCCUGAGGACACCGCUGAGGGCACGGUGCUGGGGUCCGUGUACAUGGGCCCCGGGCAGACAGGCUUCUUCACCGCGGUCCCUGGAGAAACCCUGGACAGCAACCAGAGGGGAACCUUCCUGGUGGAGAAGGAGACGGGUCUCAUCCGUCUCCUCAAACCACUGGAUUACGAAGAAGUCAGCAUCUUCCGCUUUAAAGUCGCAGCAACAGCAAGAAAAGACCUGAUCGAAACCGUCUCAACCGUAGAUGUGGAAGUUAAGAUCCUUGAUGUGAAUGACAACAAACCAGCAUUUGAAACUAACACCUACGUCGCCACGGUGAUGGAGGGGAUGCCAGCAGGGACAAGAGUGGUCCAAGUGCGUGCACUUGAUCCAGACUGGGGCUCUAAUGGGCAGGUGACCUACAGCCUCGGGACUCUGCUCACCUACAAUCUGGACUUGAAGGAUGAUGCUCCGUCGCUGGACAGCCCUGUCACUGCCAGUUCUGUCUUUGUCAUUGACAGCAAAACGGGCUGGAUCACCACGGUGGGUCAGGUGGACCACGAGGCCUGCUCCAGCUACACCUUUGAGGUGGUGGCCUCCGACCUGGCCGAGUCUCAGGCCCUGACCUCCUCCACCGUGGUGACGGUCACCGUGUCGGACGUCAACGACAACCCACCCAGGUUUGAGAGGGAGUUCUACAGAGGCGCGGUUAAGGAGAGCGACCCCCUGGGAGAGGUGGUGGCUAUUCUCCGAACCAAAGACCGAGAUGGCACAGAUCAGAACCGCCUCGUCAGCUUUUACAUCACAGGUGGAAACCAACGAGGUGUGUUCGGCCUCGCCGUCGUUCAGGGCGAGUGGAAAGUUUACGUCAGCGGGCUGCUGGAUCGCGAGCAGCAGGACUGGUAUCUGCUCAACGUCACGGCCAGCGACGGCCUGUACGUCGCCCACGCUGCGGUGGAGGUUACUGUGAUGGACGCCAAUGACAACAGUCCUGUCUGCAACCAGGCGGUGUAUAGUACCUCUUUUCCUGAAGACAUUUCCAUCAACAAGGGCAUCCUGACCGUAGGAGCAACGGAUGCUGACUCAGGCUCCAGUGCAGAGAUCCAAUAUUCCCUGUUUGGCAUUGGGGUGGAGGAUUUCUACAUGGAUGCCAACACUGGUGAGUUGAGAACAGCCACCGUGAUGGACAGAGAAACGACACCAGCCUACAAACUCAUCGCUCAGGCAACCGACGGGGGAGGGUUGUUCUGCAGAUCUGACAUUUCCCUCAAAGUGUUGGACGUGAAUGAUAAUGCCCCCUCGUUCUCAUCCACUCACUACCUGGCUAGCGUGUACGAGAACGCCGCCCCUAAGGCCUUGCUCACACGGCUGCAAGCCAGCGAUCCUGAUGAAGGUCUGAACCGCACCGUCGUCUACUCCCUGGCGGAUUCACACGACGCUUUAUUUUCCAUUGAUUCGGUGACGGGAAUAGUGGUUCUAGAGAAAUCCUUGGACAGAGAGAGCCGAGACUCGUACUGCGUUCGUGUCCAGGCCACUGACAGAGUUGGGCAACAGGGGGCGCUGUCGUCACAGGUGGAUUUGACCAUUCUGGUCCUGGACGUGAAUGACAAUGCUCCAGUUUUUCAGAGGAGGGACUAUUCUGUUACUGUCCCUGAGGAUGUCGCCGUGGGAACUGAGGUGCUGCGUGUUUUAGCAACGAGCGACGAUAUUGGACCAAACGCUGAAAUCACCUACAACUUUCGCACAGGCAACGAGUUGAGAAAGUUCACCAUUGACAGUAAAUUAGGCACCAUAUCUGUGACUGAUGACUUGGACUUUGAGGUGUGCAAAGACUUCUACAUCACUGUGGAGGCCUGGGACAGUGGGAACCCCCCUCUCAGCACCGCUACCAUGGUGAUCAUCCAACUCAUGGAUGUCAACGACAAUGCUCCCGUCUUCGAUCAGGACAUCUACAACGUACUAAUCAGCGAGGAUGCACCUGUUGGACAGACCGUUACCAGGGUAUUUGCGGAGGAUCUGGACAGCCAGGUGAACGGGCGAAUCACCUACUCUAUUCUUAAAGGGGACCGGAGCAACCAGUUUUGGAUUGAUCCCGUUUCAGGAGUGCUUAAAGUCAACAAGAGGCUCGACAGAGAACUGGUCUCCAGGUACACCCUGUCUGUGCAGGCGUUCGACAGCGGUUCUCCUGCCAUGUCCUCCACGGUCGUCGUUAACGUCGACAUCUCCGACGUUAACGACAACCCUCCUAUCUUCUCCCCUCCCAACUCCACAGCUGUCAUGCAGCUAAACCAGGCUGCUGGUGCCACCCUGCUGAAGCUCUCAGCGAGUGAUUUAGACUCCCCUAGAAAUGGUCCACCCUUCGUGUUUCGGAUAGUGUCCGGAAACGAGGGGAGCUUCUUCAGUUUGGAUCAGACCGGAACUCUAAGGUCCAACCGAGUGUUUGGCCCGGAUGCACCCAGGGAAUUCGUUGUGGAAAUUCAGGCGAGUGACUCUGGGAAGCCCAGCCUGACUUCCUCCACCUGGGUUUUCCUAAGAGUCAUCGGGAACAGCCAGUACAAGCCAACUGUCUCACCCCUGGAAAUACUCAUCACCAUGUUGACGGAUACUUUCCCAGGUGGUCCAAUUGGUCGGAUCCAUGCAACAGAUCACGAUCCCAAUGACAUUUUGUUAUUCACCCAGAAGCCGGAUCUUAACAACAUGUUUAAGAUCAACAGACAAGAUGGGAGCAUUGUAGCUCUGCCAGGCCUUGAACCUGGGAGGUACCAGAUAAACGCUACCGUGAGUGACGGGCGGUUCGCUGUGAUAGCUGACGUGUCUGUGCAGGUCGAACAGGUGACAGAUGUUUGGCUGCGCAGUGCCCUGACUUUAAGGUUCAGCUCUCUUUCCUGCGAAGAAUUAAUUAGUCGCUACCUAAACCAGAUUAAAUUAACCCUACGGACAGUAGCUGGCUGGAAGUGGUCACCAGGGCAACAGGAUCCGGUUCACAUCCUCAGCGUGCAACCAGUGAGGGGUACGUCUAACACUGACUUGGUUCUGGCUGUGGAGAAGCCGGAGACGUCUGUCAGCGGGUGGAUGGAGGGGUUCUUCUCUGAGCCAGAGCUGUUGGCGAAGCUGGAGGAGGCUGCAGCCCGGGGCCAGAUGAGAGGGGUUCUGGCUGGGGCAGCUGUGGUGGGCAGUGCGUGUUCUGGAGAGCUGGACUGUGGGGACCAGGUGUGUGAAAACUCGUUUACGAAGGAGGGCAGCUUGCCUGUUACCUACAACACAGAGAGGAUGAGUUUGGUGGUGCCGAGGUUUGGACGUACAGAGACCUGCACCUGUCCAGGAGGGACAUGUCCAACUCCUCUGGAGCUUUGUGAAGGUCAGUCCUGUCCGGCAGACAUGCAAUGUGUCCGUUCUGGUCCAACAGCGCCAUCUGUCUGCCAGUGUCAGCCGGAGAGAAUGCUCGAGUGUGCAGCAGGUCAAACCUCUCUGAGCUUCUCUGGAAACAGUUAUAUCAAGUACAGAGUGACGGAAAAUGGCCAGAGUGGUGAGAUGAGACUCAGCCUGAGGAUAAGAACACUCCAGAGACAAGGUGUCAUUAUGUUCACACGAGCCAACCCCUGCACCAUGCUGAAGAUUGAAGGAGGUCGACUUUGGUUCCAGUUGGACUGUGAUAACACCCUCGGCAUUAUGGGUAUCUCCGACAGACCAAUAAAUGAUGGCCUUUGGCACUUGGUGGCUUUAGAGCUGACCAGAAACUAUACCCUGCUAUCGCUGGACGACAGCUACGUGGAGCGCCGCCGAGCAGCUCGAGCACCCGUCCGUCUUUGGCCUCUGGCUCCGGAUUCCUCAUUUUUCUUUGGGGCUCAGGUGAGGCCACUGGGUGGUCGAGUCGUGAAGCCUGGCCUUGGACCUGAGGAAGACGAGGGACGGCCAGGAGCAGGUGACCGUGAAGGAGGGGGCCCUCCGAGAGCCCAGGACAGCUUCCAGGGCUGCCUGGGCUCGCUGGUGCUGAACGGUAAUGAGCUGCCACUCCAAAACAAGAGGAGCCGUUAUGCUGAGAUAGCCGGGCUCAGCGAGGUCAAGCUGGGUUGUUUUCUUUAUCCAGAUCUGUGCAUCAGCCAACCCUGCCUCAACGGAGCCAUCUGCAGCAGCCUGCCCUCCGGAGGCUUCAUGUGCAGUUGCAGCAGUGGAUUCACUGGAGGGCGCUGUGAAAUUGAAAUGACGUCCUGCGAGCCAAACCCGUGCCUGAAUGGGGGAGAUUGUAGGCUUGUAGGCAGCGUGUUCCUCUGUGGCUGUCCGAGAGGACUCGGGGGACUUAUAUGUGACACGGAUGUGAAUGAGUGCGAGCAGGUCGACUGCGGGACCAGGGGGGACUGCGUCAACACGUUCGGCUCGUUCUAUUGCAACUGCUCCGAAGGGCACGAGGGCCAGUUUUGUGACGAUCAGACCCUCAGGGACGACACGCAGGCUGAGCCGCUGUCUUACGUCGGACCAGGAGAGAUAAUAGGCAUCGGAGUUCUUGCCUUCGUCAUCAUUUUCCUCCUCAUACUCUUCAUCGCCUUCAGGAAGAAAAUCAAAUUCAGGAAAGAGUCAGAUCCAGGGCCCGGGACUCAGGCUGUGAUGGGCAUCUCGUCCGUUUCCAGAGAAACAAGCUACAUGCUGCACAAGACGGGCAUGAGGGCGGAGGGAAUCGAGUUCAAAGCUGUGCGUCUGUCAAAUUCUCUGGAGUCUACGGGCAUCUACGGUGAGGUGGGGGGCAGCACAGGGGGCCCGCCCCAGGUCAUGGUGCGUCCCACUGCCCACUCUAUCCUGCCGGGAGCGCUCGGAAAGCAGAGGACUACAGAUGGUGACAGGACCACGUCCAGUGAAAGUAGCCAGAUGAGCAGCUUCCUCUCAGACAUGUCUAAUACCCGGAGUGUGACAAACAGGAGGGGCCUGGCUGUUUGCAGUGUGGCGCCCAAUCUCCCUUCGACGUUGGCCCACCGCUCUGAGCACAGCCCGGCCCACAAAGUGUCCUGGGAGGGUGAAGAUAAGAGAGAGAGAGGCCUGGAGAGGCUUCGAGACGGUAGAGAGGAGGAGUGGGGCCAGAGGGCUUUUGAGCUGGAGAGAACCCUCAGGGACACAAGUCCACAGGAGCGGACGGAGGAUGUGACGUGUCUCUCAGACUCCACCUCUGAAGAGCAGUCCCUCAGCUCGUACACAUCAGAGUCCUUCGAUGACAACGCCUCCAUAGUGACCGUCAUACGUCUAGUCAAUGAUGCUGUUGAUGAUAUUGAAAGUGAAGUGUCGAACAUGGACAAAGAACAGCAGUGGAACAGCCCUGCGUAUCGGUGGGAGACUUCCUUUCAUGCUUCGAGCUGGUUAUCACCAUCGCGGCUGCGUCCUCCAGAGGCAGGAUCCCAUCAUGACAUCGACGAUGACCAGCAGAACAUCAGACAUGGAGGCAGCACGCGGUCCCUCCAGAUAGACUCCGGAACGAGUCACAGCGAUGUCAGAGGCCACGAACGGGGAGAGGAGAGCAGGAGGAAGACCUUCCAGUGGGAGAGGAACCAUUCAGGCGAGUGGGAAAGAAAACAAACUGUACACAAAGAAGAUAAGAGGCAUGAAGGAGGAGGGAAGGAUGCCGGCAUGAGGAGCAGGGAUAUGGGAGCGCAGUACAGAGACCAUGUGCCAUCAGGUGGCAGUGACAGCUUUGAAGACACCUCCUCACCUGUUUAUGAGGAAUACAGAGAGUCCACCCACGAUGUAGAGCAGAACGAAGACGCUGACGGUGUUUAUGAUACUCUACCCCCAGCACGGCGGGCCUACGAGGGGUAUCCGCCAAGCCCCCCGGGCCUCAACCUACAUCCAGCUCAGCUCAUGCCUCCACUGAGGGCCUGGGACCUGCAGGCUGAGGGAUGGAGGGGCUCGCAGGAGGAUCGCGGCGAACUUGGAUCUGCUGGUUUGGCAGGUUCUGGGGAUGAGCUGGAAAGACUACUGAACCUGGUGUCCCUCAGAGCCAGGAGAGCCACACGGCUGAACAGAACCUCUACGGGAUCCGAGCCCUCAACAGGCUGGGAUGGGUUCAAAUGAGCUCGGUUUAAAACGUGUCCAUUUAAUAUUCCCAUUUACAUUUCACAGAAUUAUCUGCCUUUAUAGUAGAACAUCUCCAGUGCACCAACUAAAAAUAAUUGAACAUAUAUAUUUAAAAAAAUGUAUAAAUAAAUGCUUCUAUUAUUCUGCAUUAUUUUCCCGGUGUAAACAAGCACUAAUCCACCACCAAUCCCCUGGAUCUUUUCUAAGCUGGAAGAACUAAGAGGAAAUAUAUGCGUGUUCUCUAGACGCCCUCACCUGUGCUGCUGCAUGUGAGCGUUAGCUGCAAUUGGCUGUGAAUCAAAGCUUUUACAUUUAUUAUUUAGAGUCGCUGAAGUGCUGCAUUUGGAGCUCAUCUCUCUCUCUCACUUUUUGGAUGAUAUCAACAUGCCCACAUGUUAUCGUGCAUUUCAGACAUUGUUCCAUCGACUCACACACAUACGGGCAUGUGCACGCAGACAGACAGAAUCACCUGGUGAACUCAACAUCAUCUUAAGGUUUUUUUUUUAUAUUUUCAUGGGUGUGUGCUUUGGGUUGUUUUGGAGAGAGCUGUUCACCCACAUCCUAGAAACAGCCUGAGAGAAGUUAAGAUUACCAACCCAGAUACUAAGGGAUCCUCACUUAAUUGUUCUAUGAAAAUUUAUUUGAUGAUUAUUUAUUUGUGUCAGCUGCUUUAUUAGUACACAUCCUGUGUUUGUUUUGUGUAUAAAAAUUAAGGCUUAAGGUAAUGUACCGUGGGUGUUUUUAUUUCAUCUGACAAUAGUGAAAAUAAAUGCAUUUGUUUUCAGAA